CAACAACAAUUGGCGUUUUAAAAUGUUGUAUUUGACAACUAUAUAAUGCAUGAAUUGUUGUGUAUGACAAAAUAGCUGAUGCUUACGAAUCUAUUCCGAUUUGAAUCCACCCGUGACCUCAAACCCCGACUUUCUGUGCUUCCUAUACCGUCGUCAUGAGCGGGAAUCACCAUUAACUCCAACACAAUUCCAAUUCCCCGCCUUCCUCUUAUGUACGCAUUUCUUUAUAUCUCAUGAAUUAUACGUUGAAUUUAGGGUUUCGCAAUUUCCUUAUUCCCCAAAGGAUCGGAGUAAUUCCGAAGAACUUGAAAAUUGGAGCUCUGAAUUUUGGGAUAUCUAGACGAAUGGGGUGUCAAGAACUCUCUUCAAGUUCAAAGUCGAAAAGUUCCUCAAGCAGCCAGCCAGAGGAAACUACAGCUGAAGGUGCCAACAACAAUGGGGAAACCUCUGCUGGAAUGACAGUUCAAGAGCUUAAAACUAAACUGAGGAAUGUGGGGGUUCCAACAGCAGGUUCUAAAGAUGAUCUUGUAUGCACGUGGAACAAAUUCUUUUCUGAAGAAGUUGAUGAGUUUCAAGAGGUUGUUGAAGAUGAAAAAUCCACCAGAGUGAAUGAUGUUCAUGGUGAAAAGGUUUCCAAAAGGAAGGCAAAAAGUUUGUCUGUUGAAGAACAUGCUGAGGUUAUGAGCACUGUUUCUGUAGAUAAAAGGAGCACGAGGCGUGCAAAACAAAUCCAUGCAGAUCCAAACAUCACUGUUGAGACUUGUGGACAUAUGCAGUCAAAAGUUUCAAAGACAAAAUCUAAGGCUAAAAGUAAUACCAAGAAAGAGCCUCCUCUGAACACCAAUAAGGUGUCAGGUAAAAAAGCAACCUGCUUAACAUCAGAUGUUGUUUCUGAAACAUGCAAUAAGAUGGAUGUUUCUGAACUUCCAGUUGAACCAUGGACUGUUCUUGCUCACAAGAAACCACAAAAAGACUGGAUACCUUACAACCCUAGAACUAUGAGACCUCCUCCUCUUGCUAAUGAUGUAAAACAUGUGAAGCUAAUGUCUUGGAAUGUCAAUGGUUUGAGGGCUUUGCUAAAACUGGAGAGCUUUUCUGCUUUAGAACUUGCACAAAGAGAAGAUUUUGAUGUACUUUGCUUACAAGAAACAAAAUUGCAGGAGAAAGAUGUAGAAGCAAUCAAACAACGUCUUUUGGAAGGAUAUGAGAAUAGCUUUUGGACUUGUAGUGUCUCAAAGCUUGGAUACUCUGGAACUGCAAUUAUCUCUAGGAUACCACCAGUUUCUGUUAGAUAUGGAGUUGGGAUAUCAGAUCAUGAUAGUGAAGGAAGGCUUGUGACAACAGAGUUUGAUUUGUUUUAUCUAAUAAGUGGAUAUGUUCCUAAUUCUGGUGAUGGUCUGAAAAGGCUGUCAUACAGGACAACAGAGUGGGAUCCUAGUCUUAGCAAUUAUGUGAAGGAGCUGGAAAAGUCAAAACCUGUCAUCUUAACUGGUGAUCUGAAUUGUGCUCAUCAAGAAAUAGACAUCUACAAUCCUGCAGGAAACAAGCGAAGUGCUGGUUUUACAAUUGAGGAAAGAAUGUCAUUUGAGGAAAAUUUCCUGAAAAAAGGUUUUGUUGAUACCUUCCGGAAACAGCAUCCUAAUGUUGUUGGCUAUACUUACUGGGGUUUCAGGCAUGGUGGGCGAAAAAAUAACAGAGGAUGGAGGCUGGACUACUUCCUUGUAUCAGAGUCGAUUGCAGAUAAAGUCCAUGACUCUUACAUUCUUCCAGAUGUUACAGGCAGUGAUCACUGUCCAAUUGGCCUUGUUCUUAAGCUGUAAUCCAAACUGUCUGAAGGAGUUAAGUCGAGAAAAUAGCACUUAUGUAAGGCUUUUGCUUUAAAAUCUCAACUCCCCUUUUCAUCACCAAGGACAGAUAGAUUGCUAGGAAUAUAAGUGUUUAUACUCUAG